AUGACAAAAGAAAUUCCUAGAAGUCAUUGUGUUAAAUGUGGAAAAGAUCGAUCAACAUCAACAUGUUUAGGAUGUUUAAAUGAUUUUUGUUAUAAUCAUUUAGCAUAUCAUCGAGAUGAAUUAAGUCGACAAUUAGAUCAUAUUGAACUUAAUCGUGAUGUAUUUAAACAAAAUUUUAAUGAAGAAAUAAAACAUCCAGAAAAAUAUUAUUUAUUAAAACAAAUUGAUAAAUGGGAAAAAGAUUCAAUUAAAAUUAUACAACAAACAGCAAUUGAAUGUAAAAAAAUAUUAAUGCAAUAUAGAGAACAAUAUUUAGAUCAAAUUGAAUUAAAUUUAAAUAAAUUAACUGAAAAAUUAAGAAAAAUUCGACAAAAAUCAGAUUUUAAUGAAAUUGAUUUAAGUCAUUUUAAAAAUAAAUUUCAUAAAUUACAAAAACAAUUUCAAUUAUCACCGAAUGUUUAUAUUCAUCAAAAUUCAACGGCACUUAUUAAUAAAAUUUCUAUUGUAGCAGCUGCAGGAAAAUAUAUUCCUGCACUGAAUAUUAAUAAUGAUACGAUAUGGAAUCAAUAUGGAACAACAAUUGCUGAUGAAUACCAAUUACAUAAUCCUUAUGGUAUUUGUGUUGAUGAUGAUAAUCAAAUAGUUUAUAUAGCUGAUUGUGAUAAUCAUCGUAUUGUUGAAUGUAAAUAUGGUGUUAUUAAUGGAGAAACUAUUGCUGGUGGGAAUGGAGAAGGAAAUCGAAUGGAUCAAUUAAAUUAUCCAACUGAUGUUAUUCUUGAUAAAAAAAGUAAUUCGCUUAUUAUUUGUGAUUAUAGAAAUAGUAGAGUUAUCCGAUGUUCUCGAGAAAAUAAUAUAAAUCAAGAUAUAAUCAUUUCGAAUAUUAAUUGUUGGGGUUUAACGAUGGAUAAUAAUGGAGAUAUUUAUGUUUCGGAUUGGAAAAAUAAUGAAGUCAAACGAUGGAAACAAGGAGAAAUAAAUGGAACAAUUGUUGCUGGUGGAAAUGGUGAAGGUGAUCAUGAUAAUCAACUUCAUUUUCCUACUUAUAUAUUUGUUGAUUUAAAUUAUUCAAUUUAUAUAUCAGAUUCAAAUAAUCAUCGUGUUAUGAAAUGGUUAAAAGAUGCAAAACAAGGUAUUGUUGUUGCUGGUGGAUAUGGACAAGGAAAUUGUUUUCGACAAUUAUCUUAUCCUCGUGGUAUUAUUGUUGAUCAUUUAGGUAAAAUUUAUAUUGCUGAUUCAGGCAAUAAUCGAGUAAUGCGUUGGUGUAAAGAAGAUGAAGAAGGUUCUAUUAUUGUUGGAGGAAAUGGAAAAGGAAAACAAUUGAAUCAAUUUACUAGUCUAAAUGGAAUAUCAUUUGAUCGUCAAGGGAAUUUAUAUGUUGUUGAUAAAGACAAUCAUCGAGUACAAAAAUUUCAAAUAGAAAUAAAUUAA